AUGGAGGUACCCGGAAAGAGACUAGACUAUGACCCUGAUAAGGGCUCCGCUGACACGACUGUCUACUGCCAACCGUGUGGAGAGGAAGGCAAACGCGCCGAAGCCCAGGGAUUAUGUCAGACCUGCGAGGAGUACAUGUGUGACCCAUGUAUAAUAGCCCAUAAGAGAUUCAAGGUGACCAGGAACCACAUUAUCUUGUCCCAAGAUCGUAUGCCAUCCUUUUACCCGACCACCAAGCAGUCAGACAUCGGCGUAACUGUAUACUGUAGAGACCACCCAAAGGAGAUGAUCAAGUUUUACUGCCCGACCCACGGAGACCUUGGCUGUGGUGAUUGUGUCGUACUCGACCAUCGCAGCUGUAAAGUCGAUUACAUCGUUGAUGUUGCUAAAGAGUUUGUCAUUGGAAAUGAACUGAGAGAGCUAGAACCAUCGAUUAAAAGAGCUGAAGAUCUUUUAUCUGGGUUUAUAAGUAAUGCCAGGAAGGAAUUGGAUGAGGUAGAAAAACAGUCCAAAGACGAGAUGGACAGAUUGAGAAAGUUCCGGGCACAGAUCAACACCUACCUGGACCGACGCGAGAAGGAGUUGCUCGGCAACAUCCAGAAAAUGAAGACCGAUGAUGAAAGGGUUCUGGCUGAAUUGAAGACUGAUUGUGAGUUGGCGAAAUGCGGACUUGUGGCCACUAGGACAGAACUGACUUCCGGGGACGUCCCGGACAACCAGCGGUACGUGACGGCAAGGAGAGUCCAGAAGGAGCUACGGGCGAUUCAUGACAAGAUGGAGAUGAUGGCUGGUAGGAUGAAGUCCCGGAGGUAUCGAUUUGUUAAAGACGAAGACACAGAGGGGCUGCUGGGAUCGAACAUGGGCCUUGGAACACUGGACGUGGCGGGAGAGUUUGGUAGGAGUAGUAUGCUUGAUUAUGGUUUGGUUUAA